GGUCUUGCUCUGUGGCCCAGGCUGGAGUGCAGUGGCGUCAUCACAGCUCACUGCAGCCUUGAACUUCUGGGCUCAAGCGAUCCUCCCGCCUCAGCCUCCCAGGGUGCUGGGACUACAGAGGCCGUAGAAGAGGCAGCACCAAGACUUCCCGAUGAACAACCGAAAGGAAGAUAUGGAAAUCGCGUCCCACUACCGGCACCUGCUCCGCGAGCUCAACGAGCAGAGGCAGCACGGCGUCCUGUGCGACGUCUGCGUGGUGGUGGAGGGCAAGGUCUUCAAGGCGCACAAGAACGUCCUGCUCGGGAGCAGCCGCUACUUCAAGACGCUCUACUGCCAGGUGCAGAAGACGUCCGACCAGGCCACCGUCACCCACCUGGACAUCGUCACGGCCCAGGGCUUCAAGGCCAUCAUCGACUUCAUGUACUCCGCCCACCUGGCCCUCACCAGCAGGAACGUCAUCGAGGUGAUGUCCGCCGCCAGCUUCCUGCAGAUGACGGACAUCGUGCAGGCGUGCCACGACUUCAUCAAGGCCGCGCUGGACAUCAGCAUCAAGUCCGACGCCUGCGACGAGCUCGCGGAGUUCGAGAUGGGGGCCCCGUCCGGCAGCAGCACCGAGGCGCUGAUCUCCGCCGUGAUGGCCGGAAGGAGCAUCUCCCCGUGGCUGGCUCGGCGAACGAGUCCCGCCAACUCCUCCGGAGACUCGGCCAUCGCCAGCUGCCACGAAGGGGGGAGCAGCUACGGGAAGGAGGACCAAGAGCCCAAGGCCGACGGCCCCGACGACGUCUCUUCGCAGUCGCUGUGGCCGGGAGAGGUGGGCUUUGGGCCUUUGCGCAUCAAGGAAGAGCAGAUCUCGCCGUCUCCGUAUGGGGGCAGCGAGCUGCCUUCCGCCAAGGACGGUGCGAUGCAGAACUCCUUCUCGGAGCAGGGUGCCGGGGACGGCUGGCAGCCCACGGGCCGCAGGAAGAACCGGAAGAACAAAGAGACCGUCCGGCACAUCACGCAGCAGGUGGAGGACGACAGCCGGGCCAGCUCCCCGGGCUGCCCCUUCCUGCCAGCGUCGGGGUGGCCCUUCGGCAGCCGAGACUCAAGUGCGGACCUGACUGUCGCAGAAGCCAGCAGCUCGGACGGCCGCGGGGAGCGGGCAGAGCUCUACGCGCACGUGGAGGACGGCCUCCUGGGCGGGGAAGCCAGCUACCUGGGCCCGCCCCUCACCCCCGAGAAGGACGACGCCCUGCACCAGGCGACCGCGGUGGCCAACCUGCGCGCGGCGCUCAUGAGCAAGAACAGCCUGCUGUCCCUCAAGGCCGACGUGCUGGGGGACGAGGGCUCCCUGCUGUUCGAGUACCUGCCCAAAGGUGCCCACUCGCUGUCCCUGAACGAGUUCGCGGUGAUCAGGAAGAAGUUCAAGUGCCCGUACUGCAGCUUCUCCGCCAUGCACCAGUGCAUCCUCAAGCGGCACAUGCGCUCGCACACGGGAGAGCGGCCCUACCCCUGCGAGAUCUGCGGCAAGAAGUUCACGCGGCGCGAGCACAUGAAGCGGCACACUCUGGUCCACAGCAAAGACAAGAAGUACGUGUGCAAGGUGUGCAGCCGCGUGUUCAUGUCUGCCGCCAGCGUGGGCAUCAGGCACGGCUCCCGGCGCCACGGCGUGUGUGCUGACUGCGCCGGCCGCAGCAUGGCCGGGCCUCGGGACCACGGCAGCGGGGGCGGCGAGGGCUCCCCGGAGGCGCUGUUCCCGGGCGACGGGCCCUACCUGGAGGACGCCGAGGACCCGCGUGGCGAGGGCGAGGAGCUGGGCGAGGACGGCGAGGGCCUGGCCCAGGAGGACGCGCUGCUGGGGGACAAGGACGAGGACGACUCGCCGCAGCCCCGCAGCCCCUCGGGGGGCGACAAGGACUUCGCCUGGAUCUCCUAGACCCCCCCCGCCGGCGGGCGGUGGCCGCGGCCCUCUGUCCACCUGCGUCUGCGUCUCCACGGUCUCCACUCCCAGGGGGCUGCACUGACCCUCCCGCGGCUCCCCCGCAGAAACCAGCCUCGGGGGCUAAGAAGCAGGUUGGACCUGGCGCCUGGGGAGCCUGGGGGCCGCGGCGAAGCUGAGAGAAGGGGGCACAGGCUGGGUUUACAUCCGGGUGGCGCAGGGGCGAGGCCGCAGCAGGUGG